AUGUCCAAAUUCGACGACCUGCUGGAGCAGCUCGGGACGGGAGUGUGGAACGUGUUCGUGGUCGUCGCUAUGUGCUACUGGGUACCGCAGAUAGUCAACCAAGAAAUGGGAGCUGCUUUCUUGACGCCCGACCUGGCCCACACCUGCAGACUGCCAUCCGACGCGGCCUCGGCAGCGAGCAACGACACCAGGUCGCAGUGCAGCUACAACGCCACGACCUCCAGCGGGAGCACCGAGGAACGAUCCUGCAUCGAGUGGGACUUCGACGACUCCACUUUCACUAAUACCAUCACGUCCGAGUUCAGCCUGGUGUGCGGCCGAAGCUACCUGCGGGCGGCCUUCAAGAGCGUGUACUUCCUCGGCGGCUUCUUCGGCGCGAUGCUCAACGGCUGGCUCUCCGACAGUAAUGCUGACGACCAUCGCGAACUCGCAACGGCACAAGUAGCAUUUCCAACUAUCCCUCGACAGCUAUUAUCCAUUGCUCACAUUAUCCUUCUCUUGACCCUCGAUGCGAUCUCCCGCACCCCACCCGCCUCUGCCGCAGCCUUGGAGGUGAACGAACCCAAGUACAGAACGGCCGUCGGCGUCCUCGUCUUCCUCCCGUAUGCCCUCGCCGUCAUCGUCCUCGGGGGCUACGGCUACCUCCUGCGGGACUGGCGUUGGCUCAGCGUCACGACCUCCCUGCCAUGCCUGCUCUUCCUGCCGAUGCUCCUAUUUCUGGACGAAUCGCCACGCUGGCUGAUCGUGCGCGGACGUUACGAAGAUGCGCUGCGCGUCCUCCGGAAGGCCGCGCGCUGGAACAAAGCUCAGCUGCCGCCCGAAGAGGAGCUCCGCGCCCUCAUGGACCACAUCAGGAAGGAGGCACUGGAAGCGGAUAAGGAAGACGAUGCGACCACCUCAGGGCAUGUCAAAUCCUUGAAGAAUAUAAUGAAAGACGUUACUGUGCUUGUAAGAUAUUCUGGAGGCUAUUUGAAUGAGUAUUGCAAUGGUGCAAUGGAGGAACGAGUAACGAAGAAGAUGCGCAGCAUUACGCUGCUGUUUUAUGCCCUGUUCUUCGUGCUGGGAAUGGUGUACUACGGCCUCUCGUUCGGCGCCGACAAGCUGAGGGUGGACCCGUUCGUGUACAUGGCGGUCAGCGGAGUGAUGGAGGUCCCUAGUAGUACGGUGAGCAUCCCUCUGGCGGAGAAGAUGGGCAGGAGAGCCUCGAGUACGCUGUUCUUAGUGGCCACCGCCGGCUCGCUGCUGGUGCUCGGCUUCAUCCCAGAUGCCUUGGAGUGGCUGGUCGUCACUAUGGCCAUGCUAGGUCGGCUGACCAUCACCGUAGCUUUCCAAAUCGUGUAUCUCUAUGCCAGCGAAAUCUUCCCGACGGAGGUGCGCGUCCGAGGGCUCGGAACUUGCACGAUGAUGGGCACGGUUGGCGCCAUGCUUGCCCCCUUCAUUUGGGAAAUCCUGGGCUCCAUCAAGGCAUGGGUACCGCUGUUUAUGUUCGGCGUGGCAGCCUUAGUGGCCAGCGUGACCACGUUCUGGCUGCCGGAGUCCCGUACGGCGCCCAUGCUGGACACCGUGGCCAGUCUGGAGGCAGCUCACAGUGGGGCCAAGGAAGCAGGGCCUGUUCAGCUCGACCGAGAGAUGGCGGACAUAUCUGUCAAGGAAACUGACGCACAAGAAGCAUAG